UUAGAAAUUUGUAGGCCGCUUUGACAGAGAGUGAAUAGAGAUGGGUUCGCAAGGCGGUAGAGAUGAAGAAGAGGAAGCCCUUCCUCUUUUUCAGAGGCAGCAAGCCAAGGGAAGGGUUGCCUAUAGGGUCUUUGCAUCCACGAUAUUUGUGGGCAUAUGCUUGAUUUGGAUACACAGGUUCUUAUACAUCCCAAUGGUAGGGGAAGAUGGAAGGUGGGUUUGGGUUGGCAUGUUCAUGGCUGAGCUUUGCUUCAGUUUCUUCUGGGUUUGCACUCAGUCUCUUCGAUGGAACCUCACUCUUCUUUAUCCCUUCAAACACAGUCUCUCACUGAGGUAUGAAGACAAAUUACCAGGAAUUGAUAUUUUCGUGUGCACGGCAGACCCCAUCAUAGAGCCACCGACUCUGGUGAUCAACACAAUUUUGUCAGCAAUGUCAUACAAUUAUCCGAGUGAAAAAUUAGCUGUUUAUCUCUCUGAUGAUGGCGGCUCCGACUUGACUUUCUAUGCUUUCCUUGAGGCCUCUCACUUUGCCAAAUAUUGGAUACCAUUCUGCAAGAAAAACGACAUCGAACCAAUGUCCCCCGAAGCCUACUUCGCACACAAUUCUAAUGUACAAGACAUUACAUAUGCUCAAGAAUGGUCAGUUGUUAAGAAUUUGUAUGAAGAAAUGAAGGAACGGAUUGAAUCAACUAUGGAAAGAGGUAACAUUUCAAAAGAAAUAAGGGUCAAACACAAAGGAUUUUCAGAAUGGAACUGUAAUGUAACAAAGAAAGAUCAUCAGUCUAUUGUGCAGAUUGUUCUUGAUGGAAGGGAUGAAACUGCUGUGGACAACAAUGGGUACCGAUUGCCAACACUUGUGUACGUGGCAAGAGAGAAAAGACCCCAAUAUCCUCAUCACUUCAAAGCUGGAGCCAUGAAUGCUUUGAUAAGAGUUGCGUCAGAGAUAAGCAAUGGACCCAUCAUUCUCAACCUAGAUUGUGAUAUGUAUGUGAAUGAUUCAGAUGCAAUUAGAGAAGCUCUCUGUUUCUUCAUGGAUGAGGAGAAAGGCCAUGAAAUUGCUUAUGUGCAACAUCCUCAAAACUUCAAUAAUAUCACCAAGAAUGACCUCUAUGCAAAUUCAUUUAAUGUUUUUAAUAAGGUUGAGCUUGUUGGCAUGUGUGGAUAUGAUUCAGCAUUUUACUUGGGCACUGGAUGCUUCCAUAGAAGAGAGAGUCUCUGUGGAAAGAAUUACUCUGAGGAUAAUAAAUUGAGAUUGGACAUUAAAGAUGCUAAAAAGAAUGAUAAAAGGACUGUUAAUGAACUUGAAGAAGCUUCAAAAAUUGUUGCUAGUUGCAGCUAUGAUAAGGACACUCAAUGGGGCAAAGAGAUGGGAUUGGUGUAUGGGUGUCCAGUUGAAGACAAUAUUACUGGCUUGAAAAUCCAAUGCAGGGGAUGGAAAUCAGUUUAUUAUUGUCCAAAUAAAGAAGCCUUCUUGGGUGUAGCUCCUAAUACCUUAGAAGUGGCCUUGAUUCAACACAGGAGGUGGGCUGAAGGAUUUUUUCAGAUUUUCUUAUCCAAAUAUUGCCCCUUUAUAUAUGGGCAUGGCAAGAUAAAACUUGGUGCCCAAAUGGGAUAUUGUGCGAAUCUGUUAUGGGCUCCUAUGUCUUUGCCUACACUAUACUAUGUGAUUAUUCCUCCUCUUUGCCUGCUUCAUGGCAUUCCCUUAUUCCCUCAGGCGUCAAGCCAAUGGUUUCUACCAUACGCAUAUGUUUUCAUAUCCAAGAAUGCAUACAGCAUCGUGGAGACCUGGGUUUGUGGUGGGACGAUUAAAGCUUGGUGGAACUCGCAAAGGAUGUGGGUGAUUCGAAGAACAACAGCGUAUUUUCUUGCUUUCAUUGAUACCACUAUCAAACAAUUACGCUUAUCGCAAACAGCUUUCGCCAUUACACCAAAGGUAGUGACAGAUGAUGUGUUGAAGAGGUACGAGAAAGAGGUCAUGGAGUUCGGAAGCUCAACCACAGAGGUCACCAUUAUAGCAACUCUAGCGAUGCUAAACCUUCUCAGUUUUGUUGGGGCAAUAAUGAAGAGGAUUAUUGCUUCAGAGAUAGAUUUCAAUACUACAGAAAUGUUGAUCCCUCAGGUUAUUCUCUGCGUACUUGUGAUUAUGGUUAACUUGCCGGUGUACCAAGCUCUCUUCUCCCGCAAUGAUGAGGGACGCAUACCACAAGGUAUGGGAAUAAGGCUUAAGGAACUUUAUGCUGUUCUAUUGUUGGCACUUUUGUCGAGCCCCCAAGCAGUGUUUGGGAUUAGAUUUGUGAUUGAUAGGGAAGAAUGCUUCUCUCAUGAUGUUAAAUAUGAGGGCGAUACAGUUCAUGUUUCUUUUGUUGUCAUCAAGGCUGAUUCAUCUUGGCAUUAUACCAAUGAUGGUGUUGAUCUUGUGGUAAAGGGACCUAAUGGUGAUCAAAUCCAGGAUAUUCGUGACAAGAUAAGUGAUAAGUUUGAGUUCAUGGCUCAUCAAAGAGGAGUCCACAGUUUUUGUUUCACUAACAAGUCUCCUUACCAUGAAACCAUUGACUUUGAUGUACAUGUUGGCCAUUUUUCAUACUAUGAUGAGCAUGCAAAAGAUGAGCAUUUUAAACCUUUGUUAGAUCAGAUUUGGAAGCUAGAGGAGGCUCUUUACAACAUUCAAUUUGAACAGCAUUGGCUGGAGGCUCAGACUGAACGUCAGGCAAUAGUAAAUGAAGCAAUGGGCCGAAGGGCCAUUCACAAAGCCUUCUAUGAAUCUGCAGCGCUUAUUGUUGCUAGCAUUCUGCAAGUUUACCUUCUCCGCCGCCUGUUUGAACGAAAGCUUGGGAUGUCCAGAGUUUAAAUACUGCUGCAGAAUAGUUUGAAGUAUCAUGCAAAAGUUUUCUCAUCAGACUUUUAUUUCUUUCCUAAUUGCUUAGGGGAAAAGGACAUGUAUAGAAUUAGGUACCAGUUUGACAACACAUUAUUGAAUUACAAAAAGAAUGUUUUGUUGAUUUGCCGUGUAACCUAUGAGAAUUAUUCAAAGAAAGCUACCGUUCUAUCAGUC